UGCUGGAUGAAAAAUUACAUUGGAUAUUUUCUUUCCUUCUGCUACUGUAAAUACCUGCAUUCAAUUAUGUAGACAGGGGGACAUGGACUUCCGCUUCAGACGGGAGCAAAUCCCUCAAUCCCCAUCCCUUCCCCACUACCAGUCCACGAGCUACCUACACACGCAUGCAGCUCAAGAACUUCUGUGCUCUUCUGAAUUCUAAACAGAAGAUGAAAUGAAGAAGAGAAAAGAAAAGCAGAAGAGAAAAAACAAACUGUAGUGCAGAGCAGAGCAGAGCAGAGUAGCAGAGAGAGUCAGCUUUUUUCACCUUUUCCCAUAACUCCCCUCUUUUCUCCUCUCUCUCCUCUGUAAGCCCACAUGCUCGCCUUCAAUGCGAACCAGGCUUCUCACCAACCACAAAUCCCCCCUCCAUCUUCUCUUCCUCGCCACCAAGUUGAAAAAUGGAUCAUUUUUUACCGACCCCAUUAAAAUCUGUGCUAGAUCUCUCCAGUAGAUUUUGCUGACAUCAUUCCGUCCUCUUCUUCCUUCCCCCUUAUGGCGUUUCCCUGCACCGUGUAAAAAAGUAGCCAUCUUUCUCUCUCCUCUGCUCUCCUUGUCUUUCUACGACGAAGAAAUUUACUUUUUUUUUUCUUGUGGAGGAAAAGCAGAUUACCCUGAUAACAGCUGCCAAGAACAGGAAAUUGCACAGAGAUUUCAGAUAUUUUGUCUGUGAUGAUCAUUGCUGAGAGAACGAGAGGUGGGAAGGAGAUGAAGGGGAGGAAUGGGCCCCCCUGCAUCAAACCUAAUCGGCCUUCUUCUCAGCUCUGUUUUCCUCUACCUACAAUUGUUUUAACCUUUCAUUUGAGCUUAAUUCAGAAUUCUCGUCUUCAUGCCUUCUUACUCCUUUAUUACCAGCGUCCUCUUCUUUUGUUUCUUAAAUCUUUCUAUUUUCAUUAUCUCGAUUGCUUGCACUUGAUUGAUAGGUGAUGUACAUCCUCUGUUAAAGUUACCCUGACCCAUUCCUUUAAAUGCCAUUCCAUUUCCCUGUUCUGCAUCUGCUCCUCUUUUCUUUUUUAUGGGUUUUUGUCCCAAAAAUGGAAAUAAACCUUCUGGUAGCUUUUUCGCGAGGAUUUAGUUGAUGGUUUGCCUCUGUUUAUCCCAUAAUUCAAAGGAGCCAGCCUCAGGUUCCUCUCUGCAUCAUUGAGGGGAAAAAAGAAAAUUUUUUUUGUUGAGAUGAAUGAUCGGUGUUCUGUUGAGCCUAUUUGAACAGUGUUCUUCCCCAAUCAUGCCGUUGUGACAAUCCCCGGCCCUAUUCAUGAAGCUGUGAAUGAAUAACAAGCCUUUGUGCAGCGAAGAAAGAAGGCAACCCCACUACCCUGAUGAAGCACAGUGAGAAUCCCACUUACGCACACCAUAGCUUUUGGCCUUUUACUCUUACUGAGGAGAAGAUGCAUUAUUCUUCUGACUUAUGGGGCCCUGCAAUUUGUCUUUAGCGCUGGGCCUUCAAUGAGGAAAUGAAUAAGUUUCCUAUUUUGGCAAACUUUUGAGGUUAGUGGAGAGGGUCAUCAUAUCUCCUGAGUUGAGCAUUUCCAGAAGUUAGAAUAAUACAACUAUUAUCUUUCAAUUCUUUCAUGAUGGAGAAUGAUUUCUUCAACACCAAUUCAUCAGCAGCAGAUCACAGUUACAUGGCCGCCAUGGAUGGAUUUAGCUCGCAUAUGUUUUCAGGUUCUAUGUUUCAUUCAGAUAUACAAACCGAUCCGAUAUAUCUUACGUACCACGAAGAAGACCCAAACAGUAAUCUGUAUGCCUCAAACAUACCUCAUAUUACAAAUCCUCCAUUCAACGCCUCAAUCGGAAACACCAACUUAAGAGAUAAUCUCAUUGGAACUUCUUUGUCUUCCGCUUCGCUCGCUAAUCUUCUUUCAAUGACCACCAGUUUGUGUGAAAUUCAUAGCACUUCGCCGAAUCCCAAAUUGGGCUAUGAUGAUUUUUCGAGGCAUCCGUUGGCUUCAACUCAAACAUCCAGCACAGUUCACCCUUCUUAUCUCGUAGGAAGCUUAGAACAAGGUUGGAUUUCCAACAGAUCUAAUCUGAGCUUUGAUCAUUCGCACGGAAACGAGCUUUCGCUGAGUCUGGGCUCCUCUCAGCCUUCUGUCAUGAGCUUGCCAAACAGUGCUGAACAGUCCUCUGAAGUAAGCUAUUCUGGCACAACUAGCGUUAUGCCGCGAGGUGGCGGUUUCAUUGAUGUUAAUAAGAUGCAUAAUCUUCCACGAGAUCACCGCAACUCAUUUUCGAACAACGAGAAGCUCUCAUUGUGCUGUGGACCUGUGCAUAUGCCCGUUCACUUUUCUAGCACAUUAUUAGGAUCGAGAUAUCUAUUUUUUAUUGAAGAAAUACUUUCAGAACUUGCCAGUUAUGUGACUGAAGAUGUGGAAGAGGUUGAUGAUUCAUUCGCAGAUACUGUGACUGAGGCGAAGGGGUCUUCUUCUAGCUGUUCUAUAGUGAAUGGAUUUACAGGAAUGGGCUCUAAUCGGUUGCCAUUUUGUUUAGGAGAAAAUGAACGCGAACAACAUAUAGAUUUACAGUCACAGGAGCCAAAUAGUACGCGAAAAUAUGAGCUAAUAAAUAUGCUACAGAUGGUUGACCAGAGAUUCAGUCAGUUUGUAGAUCAGAUUCAGAAUGCUGUUUCAGCAUUCCAUUCUGCAACAGCUUCAGGCUGCCAUCUUCCUGCAAAGUUUGCCAUCACAACCUUAUCCACAUUUUAUAGGACUAUCAGAAAGAAAAUUACAGGUCAGAUUGCUUCUUUUGGUCAAGAACCGAGCUUUGAAUUCAUGGAGGAGGAAGAGAGGAGCUUUGAGUCUUCUUUCAUCCAGAGACAAUGGGCUCUUCAGCAGCUGAAGAGGAGUGAUCAGCCCUCAUGGAGGCCACAGAGAGGUUUGCCAGAAAAAUCUGUCUCUGUUCUUCGUGCAUGGAUGUUUCAGAACUUUUUGCAUCCGUACCCAAAAGACAAUGAGAAGCAAUUGUUGGCGCUUAAAAGUGGGUUGACUAGGAGUCAGGUCUCAAACUGGUUUAUAAACGCAAGAGUUAGGCUCUGGAAACCUAUGAUUGAAGAAAUGUAUUCUGAAAUCAACAGAAAGAACCGAGCUGAAGAAGGAUCCAGCGCUCUGCACAGAAGCCAUUGAAGCAGACAAGGAAACCAAGUGGGAAGAGCAUGCUUAUGGAUCCAGUUAUAUGUUUGGAUUUGUGUUUAAUUGUUUAUAUUUUCUGUUGGUAUUAAAAGUGUAACCUUGUUGCUUAUCUGCACACUUUGGCCAACUCUGUAAUGUUUCUAUUUAUAUAUUGCUGACUAAUUUUCA